AUCAGAGGAAGCCAUUUUGGUUUUGAUCGAAAUUUCGUACAACUGCAUUUAGUGUUAUUUUUGACGCGUGUUUACUCUUGGAUUUCUUCCAUUAGGAAGAAAACAAAAUGGAGAACCCCGGAAGUGAGCCUCCACGAUGUCCAUGUGGUUUCUGGGGAUCCCCACAGACUCUAAAUCUGUGUUCUAAGUGUUUCAAAGAUGAACAAAAGCGUAAAUCAGAGGACCAAAGUGAUGGUUCUGCGACGAUAUGCUCCCAAGUAUCCAUAAGCCCAGCUCCUCUAGAAAGAGUUUCGGCGUCCAAAGGAGAAAGUUCGAAGGAUAAAGGAGCAAGCAGUGAAAAUAUGCCUGUAGAAAAUGACGAAACAGCUCGCGAUCAAUGCGCUGCUGAAGUUUCGACUGAGUCAACAACUAGUGAAACUCCAAACGAUAGACCUGUACAGAAAAAUAAGAAACGCUGCUGGAAAUGCAAGGCUAAGCUGGAGCUAGCUCAGAGAGAAUUAGGACUGUGUAAAUGCGGGUAUGUGUUUUGCCAGUUACAUCGUUUACCAGAACAACAUGAAUGUGAAUUUGAUCACAAGGAAAGUGGUAGGAAAGAAGCUAGGGAAAAGAUGGUCACCCUUGGACCACGAAAAGUUGGCAGGUCUUUCCAGCGUAUUGAUGACUGUUAAUGUAUCCAGUAUUCUACCUGUUAUAAAUGAUAGCAGAGGAAAGAAGCUUCCAUUUCUUGUCAUAAUGAAAAUAACAAAGGAUCGAUGGUCCAAGAACAGCUAAGGUGAUCUUUAUGAACUUCAAUAAAAUUUUACAGAUAACAUGUUUUGUAAUUACAAAGAAAACAACUAGGAUUACCAACUAUUGACAUCGAAUUGUAUAAGUUCCCUUUUCUCUCUCAUUUUAUUUGGACAUGAAAAGUUUUGGGGUAUGUUACUGGAAAAACAGUCUGGUUGACAAGAUAUUUGCAGUUUGAUUGAUAGUAGGCAAAAUGCUUAUUUCAAGCCACACCCAAUCUAAUUGCCGACACCACUCUCAUCAAAAUCAUCACCAGUGUUUGUAUUCAACUUUUUUCAUUGUCUUUUGGAAGAAUCUAGUAGAAAUGUGGGAUAAGUUUCCUUUCUCAACUGUUCUAACAGUAAACCAAGAAUGAGGUUGUCCUUAGAUUAACCUUUCUAAUGCCUGGCACCACACAUAAUACUGGAUGAUGUGAAAAGCAUCUAGAACAGGCUUAAGGAAACAUCAAAGGUGCACAACCUCUUGUGUUUAUAGUCAUUAACUUUUUACUAGAAUAGGAAACAAGCAUUUUUGAUACCCAUGCAAUGAAUCUAUUUUGGGGUGCAUGUUACGUCAUAGCUGCCAUGUUGGUUGGCGAUAACAAAUCAUUCCACUUAAGCUUCUCUUGUUGGAUCAACCAACAUGACAGCUGUUUCAUUGUUAUUUAUAUAUCAAGGGAUUUUGAGUCACAUGGUUGCACCCUGAGAAUACUAAAAAUUGUUGUACCAAUACUUUAGGGGAAAUAGAAAUUUCUGCUAAUAAUACAAUAUAUGUUAUACUAAAAAAGCAAAUUUCUGUCACUAGCCCUAAGAAGUAUUUAUGUAUCACACCCUUUCAGUGUCAUAUGUACACUCGAGGGAAUUUUUAACUUGAUAACUUGAAAAGGAAUGUAUUCUUAUCAGGGUAUCAUGGCAUACAUGCUUCUGUUGGCUAUUCUACCCUACAAAGUAUCUUAGAGCCUUAGCAUGCAUGGGAAGGGAAGUGUAGAUCUUACAAAUAAAACUAUGUAAUA